AUGGAGCUCAAUAGGCCCCCCUUGAUAACCAUAUACUUAAUAUUCGCCAUAAUAUGCUUGGCGAUGCAAGCCCUCGCCAUUUUCAUACCAUACAACACCUCCUCGGCCAUCUCGCCCGCCAAAAUCAACGUUCAUUUGGUGCCUCACUCACACGACGACGUUGGGUGGCUCAAGACCGUCGAUCAGUACUACGCCGGCGCCAACAAUUCCAUUCGGGGUGCCUGCGUCCAGAACGUGUUAGAUUCUGUAAUCUCCGCUUUAUUGGACGACAAGAAUCGAAAGUUCAUCUAUGUUGAGAUGGCAUUCUUCCAGAGAUGGUGGAGACAGCAGAGUGACACCCUGAAGGCUAAAGUCAAACAGCUGGUCGACUCUGGUCAACUUGAGUUCAUAAAUGGGGGAAUGUGUAUGCAUGAUGAGGCAACUCCACAUUACAUUGAUUUGAUUGAUCAGACAACUUUGGGACACAGUUUUAUCCUUGAUGAGUUUGGCAAGAAACCAAGAGUUGGGUGGCAGAUUGAUCCUUUUGGGCAUUCUGCUGUUCAGGCUUAUUUGCUAGGUGCAGAGUUGGGGUUUGACUCUCUCUUUUUUGCUCGAAUUGAUUACCAAGAUAGAGCUAAGCGUAGAAAUGAUAAAACUCUUGAGGUUAUAUGGAGGGGCUCAAGGUCCCUUAGUGCAUCUUCUCAGAUAUUCACGGGGAUAUUCCCCAUUCAUUACGAGCCUCCAGAUGGGUUUUCUUUUGAAAUAAAUGAUGUAUCUCCUCCCAUUCAGGACGAUGAUCUCCUCUUCGAUUAUAAUGUGCAACAGCGAGUGGAUGAUUUUGUGGCAGCUGCUGUAGCACAGGCAAAUCUAACCCGGACAAAUCAUUUAAUGUGGACUAUGGGAACGGAUUUCCGUUACCAAUAUGCAGUUUCAUGGUUCAGACAAAUGGACAAGUUUAUUCAUUACGUCAAUCUGGAUGGCCGUGUCAAUGCUUUAUAUUCGACACCAUCCAUCUACACGGAUGCGAAACAUGCAGCGCAUGAGAAAUGGCCUCUGAAAACUGGCGACUUUUUCCCGUAUGCAGAUCGGGAGAACGCAUACUGGACGGGCUACUUUACCAGUAGGCCAACGUUCAAAGGAUAUGUGAGGAAGCUGAGUGGCUACUAUUUAGCUGCAAGACAAUUGGAGUUCUUAAAAGGCAGGUCUGAUUCUGGACCAAAUACAGAUGCAUUAGCUGAUGCCCUGGCUAUAGCUCAACAUCAUGAUGCUGUUAGUGGGACAGAAAGGCAACAUGUUGCUGCUGAUUAUGCUUUGCGACUUUCAAUAGGAUAUAAUGAGGUACCUCUGUUAGGGUUGGAAAACCCUGUGACGAUAACUCCGAACUUUUUGUUCUAUCUGUUUACCUUUUGCCAAAUUUCGCAAUGUCCUUUACUCAACAUAAGCUAUUGUCCUCCAUCAGAAGCUAAUUUUACUGAUGAGAAAAGCUUGGUGAUUGUAGCAUACAAUCCUUUAGGAUGGAAAAGAGAAGAGGUCGUUCGCAUUCCUGUUUCCUCUGAAAAUCUGGUGGUUCUGGAUUCUUCAGGAAGGAAGACUGAGUCACAGCUUCUUCCUCUUUCCAACAUCUCUUUCCCUACCAUAGACUAUCACAUCAAGGCAUAUUUAGGUGUAUCCGCCACUAGCUCUGCAAGAUAUUGGCUUGCAUUUUCAGCAUCUGUUCCACCCCUUGGUUUCAGCACUUACUUUGUCUCAACUGCAAAACUGGAAGAGAACAGGUCCUUCAUUUCCAGUGUUUAUACACCAGAAGAAGAUACCAGUAAAACGUUUGAAGUUGGUCAAGGAAACCUAAAGCUAAUUUAUUCAGCAAAUAAAGGAAAGCUCUCACGUUACAUAAACAGCAGAAACUCAGUCACUGCAGAAGCCAAGCAAUCAUAUAGUUACUACACUGGUUAUAAUGGUACCGAUAGAGUUUUCCAGGCAUCUGGAGCUUAUGUUUUCCGCCCAAAUGGUACAUUCCCAGUAAAACCUGAAGGCCAGGUUCCUUUCUCUGUCAUGAGAGGGCCAUUAUUGGAUGAAGUGCACCAGCAGCUCAACACAUGGUUAUAUCAGGUCACCAGGGUUUACAAGGCAAAGGAAUACGCCGAAGUCGAGUUUACUAUUGGACCUAUACCUGUGGAUGAUGGAUUUGGAAAGGAAAUAAUAACUCAAAUAAGUACAGGCUUGAAUACGAAUAAGACUUUUUACACAGACUCUAAUGGGCGUGACUUCAUCAGAAGGAUUCGAGAUUAUAGAGAUGAUUGGAACCUGGAGGUAUACCAACCAAUUGCGGGCAAUUAUUACCCUAUUAAUCUUGGAAUUUAUUUGGAGGGUGAAACCGUGGAGGUUUCUGUGUUGGUUGACCGGGCAGUUGGUGGGGCGAGCUUGUUGGAUGGUGAAAUAGAGCUUAUGCUUCAUAGGCGGCUGAUCAAUGAUGAUUCUAGAGGUGUUGGUGAGGCAUUAAAUGAAGAAGUGUGUGUUCGUGACAGUUGCAAGGGCUUGACGGCUCAAGGGAAGUAUUAUCUCAAAAUUGAUCCGCGAGGGGAAGGGGCAAAGUGGCGUCGGGAAUUUGGACAAGAGAUUUACUCUCCGCUUCUUCUUGCAUUUUCUGAAGAGGACAGAAAUAGUUGGAUGAGUUCCCACAAAACUACAUUUUCAGCUAUUGAUCAAUCCUAUAGUUUACCAAAAAACAUUGCAGUAAUUACCCUUCAGGUGGUGUUCACAACCGAGUUUCUGAGCCAUUUUUCUAGUGGAGAGGAUAAAGACUACUCAGUGGUGAGUAGUGUAGAACUGAAGAAGCUCUUCCCUGACAAGAAGAUCAUCAAGGUGAGGGAGAUGAGUCUGUCGGCCAACCAAGAAAGGGCGGAGAUGGAGAAGAAGAGGUUAGAAUGGAAGGUGGAGGAAGCGGACGAAGAACCCAAACGAGCAGUUCGAGGAGGAGCUGUUGAUCCAGCCAAGCUUCUAGUUGAACUUGCUCCUAUGGAGAUUAGGACAUUCAUUAUCGACUUAGACUACCUUAAAGUUUUUGAUUCUUGA